AUGUUCAACAUUUCUACAAACGUGUUUCUCACUAACAUAACUAACUUCUUAGAGACUCAAAGAGGAACUUCAUACAAAAAGGUCGAAGUGAUCUUCAUUGUGGUUAUGACUGGAUCCAUUAAUUUGCUGACCAUUAUUGGAAACAUUCUCGUUAUUAUCUCAAUCAAAACAAACAGACAAUUACGAACUAUUAACAACUACUUUAUUUUCAGCUUAUCCUGUGCUGAUUUGAUUCUCGGUGUGUUCACGAUGAAUGUAUUCACCAUUUACACCGCAUUGGGAUAUUGGCCCAUGGGUCCGGUUUUCUGUGAUGUGUGGCUUGUUGUAGAUUAUGUUGUAAACAAUGCAUCUGGAAUGAAUCUUCUCCUAAUCAGCUUUGACCGGUUCUUCUGCGUGACAAAGCCCCUUAGCUACCCCGUGAGGAGAACACCUAAGAUUGCAGGGAUAAUGAUAGCAACAGCUUGGGGGGUGUCAUUUUUUCUCUGGGCACCCGCCAUUGUUUUCUGGCAGUUCAUCGUUGGGGAGCGGACAGUUCCUGAGGAUGAAUGUUAUCCACAGCUCUUCUCAAGUCCAGCCAUCACUUUAAUGAUUGUUAUAGCUGUCUUCUAUCUCCCAGUUACAAUCCUGGUGACUUUGUAUGUACGCAUUUCUUGUGCCAGCAAGAGUAGAAUAAAAUGGGCUAGAAAUGAACCUGAACAAAGCAAACGCUUCUGUUAUCCAAGUCCAUAUAAGAUCAAUGAGGCAAAACCGAUUGCCAACAACAUACCAAAUAUUUGUGCUGGGUCUCUUCAUGCCCAAUCACAAAACAAAAAAGUGAAAGCUGGAAUGCCAACUGACAAAGCUGAACAAGUAGAAAAGGAGGUCUUCACGGAGAAAAAAUAUCCAUGUUUUGAAACACUAAAUCAAAAAAUGGAAGGGGCAAUCCAUGAUGGUGUAUCAUUCUCCAAUACACAAAGCCAAGUAGUGAUGAACCGCAUCAAACUCGCUUCCAUGAAGAUAGUUGGGGUCUCCCCUAAUUGUCAGUUUACGGGGACUAUGGCAGGAUUAGAGACUGGUGGUGGCAACAUGGAGCCUGAUUUUAGAGAUGACAGAUCAAAUGGUACGAUGAUUAAAAUGAUCAAGGUAGCUACCAAUAUGAAGAAGGUAGCAGGACAUCGUGACAAAACCGUAACCAGAACCAUCCUGGCUAUUAUUCUAGCAUUUGUCAUCACCUGGUCUCCAUAUUUUGUUAUGGUGAUCAUUACUGCCUUCUGUCCAAGCUGCAUCACUCACACCAUUUGGAACAUUGGAAACUGGAUCGUUUACAUGAACAGUACCAUCAAUCCAGCUUGCUACGCACUGUGCAAUGUCACCUUCAAAAAAACGUUCAAGCAUCUUCUCUUCUGUCAGUACAAAAACAUUGGUACACGAUGA